CAGGGAGUCUGUUGCAGCCAUGAGCCGUUGGACGCGCAGAACUCCAGCAGCUGGAGGGUCGCAGCUGUUCGUGCCGCGAACGGUCGCGCCGGCGACUGCUGCUUGCGUAAUAGAUGAUUUGCUGUAGUCAAGUAGCUGAAUGUCUCUACUGCGACCCUAUGGUCGGCCGCUGGCGAGGCCGCUGCCACUGCUGCCACAUCGUGUGUCUCCGCCACCCUCACCGCCGUCGCCACCGCCGCUGGAAUCGCCCCCAUUCUCACCAUCAGAGCUGCAGGAGCUGGUGUUGCCACGCCGCCCAGCAUCAACCCACUUGAAAUCGGCCCCUGACGAGGAAAACUCCUCAUCCUCAUUAUCGUCGGCCAGCUCGCUGCCAGCUAUUCUGUCAACAGGUGUGGACACUACCAGCAGUGACGAGGAGCCGUGGUGGCGGCCCCCUACGUCGCCGACGGUGCGCCCGCUGCGGCUGGCGCGGUCUUCCUCCAUCAGCAGCCGUGCUUCGGAGGUGGCGGGGGCGGCAGCGGCAGCCGGUUCCGCCCCCACGCACAGCGCCAGCAGCGACAGUGCCUACAGCCUGUGGAGGCUGCUGCGGCCCCUGGAUCUGGACUCGGACCUGGAGUCUACCGUGUUCCAGCUGACUCCGCCCGGCUACGACUGGCUGCUGGACGCCAUCAGCAGCGAUGGCGACGGCGCGCCGUGGCUAGAAUCGAUGGCCGCCGUGUCGUGGGCGGCGGCCGAGCGCGCCAGGCAGAAGUGCAGCCACUGGCUGGACCGCUACUGCGACCUCGGUGCGCCCUGAGG